AUGGCAGGACAAAGUUCUGAUGCUUGUCCUUCUGAGUCCUCUAGCAUCUCUGGCACCUCCCAAGGGAUUGAUAACAACACAAGGGACAAUGAUCUAGCUUCUGAACCGGACCAAGCCUCAAAUUCCAAUAAUAAUAUGGAAAGGAUAUUGGAUUUUGUGAAGCUCUCCAACAACGAUGUUUCAUCGAUUCGUUGUUCUUCCAACGUGAAAGAGCUCGAUUUUUUCAACACUGGGAAGAGGGUGAUGGGAUCAUCGUCAACUUGGACUAAUAAUAAUGUUGACGAAGGAAAAGAUGAAAACACUGAAGAAAAAGAAAGGACUUCAGAGCCGAAAACUUUCUCUUGCAAUUUUUGCAAGAGAGAGUUCUCGUCCUCUCAAGCCCUUGGUGGGCACCAAAAUGCCCACAAACAAGAGCGUGCGAUAGCGAAACGUCGCCAAGGGAUGGACACGGGUGCUUUUGGUCACCCUCACUUUCCAUAUUACCCUUACCAUAGCUUUUCCACACCAUCUUUAUAUGGGUCCUAUAACAGGACACUUGGGGUAAGAGUGGAGUCUAUGAUUCACAAACCUUCUUAUCCUUGGUCUGCUGGUCUUAGGUUUGGUCGUAAUCAUAAUUGGUCAACGCAGGGGAUUCUAGGUUCAUCAUCAUCAUUAGCACUUGAUAGGUUAAGUAUUGAGGGUUUACAACCAAAUAAUGAAGUAGGUGGGGUUAGUGGAAUUCAAGCAAGUUCUUCAAAUUUGAGAAAAGAAGAUGAUAAUGAUGGUAAUGGAACUACUUCCCAAUUAGGAGAUUCUUCUACCAACAAUGUUGAUACAAGUCUCACUCGCCAUGCAAAGGAUGAUCAGGAUACCAAGCCAGAUAAUGAACCCUCUAGUUCCGAGUCUCCAGGGCUUGAUUUGUCACUUAAGCUUUAA